ACUAUGCAAAACUUUACAAAAAUUGGAAAAAAAAUCGUUGGAAUAGGUCGCAAUUUUAGUGAACAUGCAAAAGAACUUGGUAAUGCUGUUCCAACUUCCCCGUUCUUUUUUCUUAAACCAACUUCUUCUUACUUAUUAUCAGGUGAAGUAGAAAUACCUAAAGGUUGUAUUGUUCAUCAUGAAGUCGAGUUGGGUGUCGUAAUAGGUAAAGAUGGUAGGGAUAUCCGAGAAUCAGAAGCGAUGAAUUAUGUAGAAGGAUACGCGCUUGGUAUUGAUUUGACGGCGCGUAAUCUCCAAGAAGUGGUAAAGAAAAAAGGAUUGCCGUGGAGUGCGGCAAAAGGUUUUGAUACCUUUACUCCAAUUGGAAAAUUUAUUCCAAAAUCAGAAAUAGAAGAUCCUCAUAAUGUAAAUUUAUGGCUUAAGUUAAACGGAGAAAUGAAACAAAACGGUAUUACAAAAGACAUGAUAUUCAAUAUUCCUACAUUAAUUGAAUACGUAAGUUCAAUCAUGAAACUGGAAAAGGGUGAUUUGAUAUUAACAGGUACACCCUCAGGUGUUGGACCUAUUCAUCCAGGUCAAGUCAUUACUGCAGGAUUAAACGUUAAUAAUGAAAAUUUAUCUACCAUUAAAUUUCCUGUUGUGGAAAGGGUUGGAUUAUUUGAAUUUAAACCAUAAUUAUUUAAAGAAGGGUAAACAAUCAAGUAUGAGGGGCGAAAAUAUAUUAGUUCGCCUUGAGUAAAAGAUUUUAAUUUUUGAAACAUUCAAUUAUUCAUAAAUCGACCUUUUUAAACAAAAAAAAAAAAAAAUUAAAUAUUUUAACUUAAUAUUGGAAAUAUGGAUGUAUAUUAAAUCACUAUUAAAUACCUUAAAAAAUUAAAAAAUAAAUUAAUUAAUCAUUGCU